ACAGCUAUGUUUUUGUUUCAGACACCAUGACUACAAUCUUUGAGGCAAUUGCAGUUCUCAGGUGCAUUUUUGACCAGUAUGCUGGGAAAGAGGGAGAUGCAAAGACUCUGACAAAGAAGGAAAUCACUACACUGCUGAAAGAGCAGCUUAAAGGAGCUCCUGGAAAUCAAGCAGAAAUUGACGAGUUUUUCAAAAUGCUGGAUGACGAUGGCGAUGGCGUCGUCGAUUUCAACGAAUACAUUGUCCUAGUCGCAAGCUUGGCUAUGAUGUUGGCCCCCUAGAAGAAAAAUGUUUACCCUGGUUUACUUCGUUUGAGCAUUUAAAAAUAAGCAACAAUCAUGCACUACUGUUGUGUCUUGUGAGACCCAUGCAAAACCUUUUCAUGAAACCUGGAGUAAGUUGAGCUGUAACUUGCAUGCCAUUUGACUUUUUGAUGGAGGAUCCUGCCAAAAUGCAAAUAAAGUGUUCAUCUCUCCAAA